AUGGCAGAAGUAUUGGGGCUCGCUGUCAAUUGUUUGACGGUCAUCGAUCUCACUGUGAAGGUCGCUUCGAAGCUCUAUGACUAUGGCAAAGAUGCAGCAAACGCUCGGGAUGACAUCAACAGACUCCGCGACAAAGUCCUCGGCCUACAAAAGAUUGCGCAUUCAGUGCAGGCCUUCCUCGAUCGUCAGGUAGAUUCCAGAAAUAUCCCAACGAUCGAGUUACUGAGGCAAGGUGUCUUUGGCACUGAGAAAAAACUGCAGGAGCUUUAUGAUGCUCUGGACAUUCGAGGCGUGCGGCAGCCGAUGAGGAUGUUUGGGAUUCGUUCACUGAAGUGGCCAUUCAAGAGUCAAGACGUGGGGAAAAUCGUUUCCGAUCUUCAGGACUGUUUUCAGAUGCUCUCCCAGUCGCUGCAAGUGGAUCAAGCGUCCUUACUGCUCGACAUCGACAGAAGGUCGAUUCUUGAUCGUAUUCCACAUGCACCAGAUGCGGCGUACAACUCGCGAGUGGAAGAUCGGAAUCCUACUUGUCACCCUCAAACCCGCUCUGGCAUUCUAUCUGAUAUCCAUAAAUGGAUUGAUGACCCUCAUGCAAAGAGCAUAUUCUGGCUCAACGGCAUGGCGGGGACUGGAAAGUCCACUAUAUCCCGGACAGUCGCUAGAUCUCUCGCUCAAACAGGUUCUCUUGCUGCUAGUUUCUUCUUCAAGAGAGGUGAGAGCAACCGAGGUGACGGCGGCCUAUUCUUCAGCACUCUCGCCUUUCAGCUUGUAUCAAGCGUACCGGGAUAUGGACAAGUUCUCAAAGAAAUCCUGGAUGGAAACCCAAGCUUGAUGAAUAAAUCGUUGCAGGAUCAGUUUAACCAGCUCCUGGUUGAACCGCUAUCCUUGGUACCCAAACAAAUGCAAAAUCCGGCACUAUUUAUUCUCAUUGUUGAUGCUUUGGAUGAGUGCGCUGACGAUAAUGAUAUUCGCAUGAUUAUCCAUCUUCUAUCGAGCAUAGAAGUGUCAUCUAAUGGUUCUUGGCGUCUAAGAACCUUCCUCACUAGCCGACCCGAAUUGCCCAUCCGCCUUGGAUUUGGUGCUGUUCGUGGUACAUUUCAAGAUCUUAUCCUUCAUGAGAUUCCCAAUUAUAUUGUAGAAAGGGAUAUCUCAGUCUUCCUACGUGAUGAACUGGCGAAUAUUAGAUUCGAUUAUAACCUCACUGUCCCUCAGCAUCGACAAUUGCCCCCCGACUGGCCCGGCAAGGCAAGCAUUGAACACAUUACGGACAUGGCUUCGCCAUUAUUCAUUGCAGCUGUCACCCUUUGUCGAUUCAUCUCAGAUCGAAGGAUUGGCAGCCCGGGAGAACAAUUGGCGAAGAUUGUGAAUUAUCCAAGCGGAAAUGAAGUGUCGAAAUUAGAAGGCAUUUAUUUACCAAUCCUGCGUCAGACCUUAGUCGGGCUCUCCAUUGCCGAACAAGAUAUAGGACUGUCUGAAUUUCGCUCUAUUGUUGGAACUAUUGUUCUUGCAUACACUCCGUUAUCAGCAAGAGGAUUAGCCAAUAUUCUACAAAUGUCGGAAGAAAAAAUAGAGAGCCGGCUUGACCUUCUUCAUUCUUGCCUAAACGUUCCCUCGGAACCUGAGCUUCCUGUCCGCCUUCUUCAUCUAUCCUUUCGAGAUUUCCUGGUCGACCCAAGUAGGAUGGACCGAAGCAUAUUCUGGAUAAAUCAGCAAGUGACACAUCUUGAGAUUGCAGAACGCUGCUUGGACAUCAUGGAUCGCCUACUACAGCGGGACAUUUGCAGAAUUGGCCGCAAUGAGAGUCGUGUUAAGGACUUCAAGGCAGAACGGGCGGUGCCCGGGGAGCUGGAAUACUCCUGUCUCUAUUGGAUAAACCACCUCAUUGAAGCCAGAGAGCCUUUGAAAGAUGAUCACCAAGGACUUAUAAACUUAGUGGAGUCGGCCAAUGCGGAGGCUAUUAAAAGCUUUCUCGAUGAUACUUUUCGGAUUGUCAGCACGAAUUUGAGCGUGAUUCGAGACUACCCGCUCCAAGUGUAUUCUUCGAUGCUUCUCUUUGCACCUACCAACAGUAUUGUUCGAAACACCUUCGCCUUCGAAAUGCCGGGCUGUGUCAGUAUCAAAACGAAACUCAAGUCAGAUUGGGACCCGCUCCUUACGGCAUUUGACUACGAUCGGGCAUAUGGCACGAUCCAAGCGCUUUCAUGGUCCCAUGAUAAUUCAUUCCUGGCUGCAAUUUCUUUGUCUGGGACAAUCCACGUCUGGGAUGCUAUGUCUGGACAAAAACACCUCACCCUGCAAGCGCUUGGCACCACGAGGAUAGAGUUUUCUCAUACAUCAGAGUUUUUAGCAGCAUCUGCAGAGAGAGAGAUCUCGAUAUAUCGAAGGGCCACUGGAGAGGUCGUCCAGAAAAUCGAGAAUUCCGGAUGCUGGGGAUUUGCCAAAGAUGCACCACUUCUCGCUACUACUUCCGGCGACGGUGAUAUUACACUCUGGAAGGUCAUUUUGGGCGCCCAUGGGUCUCCCUUUCUGCCAGUCAAUGUCUAUAGUGCUUCAGGAAUCUCCAUUUCUUGUAUGAACGUCUAUCAUGAUGGAUUAAUAAUCGCUUCAGCAUAUCAAGACUACCAAGUCACGUUAUGGCGCUUCACGAUUGACUCGGAGGUUCCCGAUGAUGACCCAAUACAGCCGGCAUGCUUAGGCUCCAUUUCCAGCCCCGAAUCCUUUUUUAGAAACAAGUAUGCGAAAAUUAUGCUUUCCCCUAACUCUCAGUUGAUCGCUUUCAUAACACCUGGGUCUCUCUUGGCCUAUAAAGUCGAAAUCUGCUGCGCCACAAAUGGGAAACUUAUCCAAACUUUUGAAGGCGGCGAGAGUACCCAGGGCACUAUUGUCCAGUGCUACCGGGACAUCUACAAUGAGCCUCAGCCAUCGAGGAGUAACAUCUGCUGCAUUUUCUCACGACUCGAACAAAUUGGCGGUAGCACGGUCCGGUUCAGUGCAGAUAUCAUCUAUCCCUCAAGCGAGGUUGAGAAAUCGGACACAGAUUGA